CCCAGAGCACCCAACUGUGAGCACCCAUCACGCGCUCCUUCAUCCUGUCAGCGCGAGACCCAGGACAACAGCAACAUGCAGGCCAUCAAGUGUGUGGUGGUGGGAGAUGGAGCUGUGGGUAAGACCUGUCUCCUCAUCAGCUACACCACCAACGCCUUCCCCGGAGAGUACAUCCCCACAGUGUUUGAUAACUACUCUGCCAAUGUGAUGGUGGACAGUAAACCAGUGAACCUGGGUCUUUGGGAUACAGCGGGACAGGAGGACUACGACAGGCUCCGCCCCCUGUCCUACCCACAGACAGACGUGUUCCUCAUCUGCUUCUCCCUAGUGAGCCCUGCCUCCUAUGAGAACGUCAGAGCCAAGUGGUACCCGGAGGUGCGGCACCACUGUCCAUCCACACCCAUCAUCUUGGUGGGCACCAAGCUGGACUUGAGGGAUGAGAAGGAAACCAUCGAGAAGCUCAAGGAGAAGAAGCUGGCCCCUAUCACCUACCCCCAGGGCCUGGCUCUGGCCAAGGAGAUCGAUGCAGUGAAGUACCUGGAAUGUUCGGCUCUGACCCAGCGUGGUCUGAAGACAGUGUUUGAUGAGGCCAUUCGUGCCGUGCUGUGCCCGCCGCCGGCCCGCGCCAAGGGCAAGAAGUGCACCCUCCUCUGAGCAGUGCAAGAACAAGAGUACUACACCCAAAGCCAUGCCUCACACUGAAGGGCCACCUCAUAUGUGCCUGUUAUUUCUGCUGCAGGUAGAGGAACCGUUGAUGUUGGAAGAACAAAUUUAGAUUAUAUUUUCUGUAAAGUUGCUUUAGUAUUUUUGUUUUGUCAAAAAUAGUAAACAGUAUAAAGUCAAAGUAUUUAUUGACAAAAGUUCAUCUUAAAUGAAA